AUGUCGGUGCAAGUGGCCUUAUCGCUCUUGUUGCCAUUAUUGAAAUGGGCUAGGCAAAUGCCGGCGGCAUUGCUGUGGUUAGUUGUGAAGCUGGCGAGGCAGUCGAGGGCUGGGAGGAGGCGGCGGCGCAGACCGCAGCCAGCGUGGUUUGGGUCGAUCUGGUAUUCCGGGCAUUGGCGGAGGGAGGAGAGGAUAUUUGAUAUGUUUGUUGUUGGUGGCGGCGAUGGGGGUUGGGUGAAGUUAGAGCUGCGGGGAAUAUGUUCUUCGGCUUCGCCCGUCAGAAUCAGAAUCAUUGAUAAAGUGGAUUCAAGAUGUAGGGUUUUAGCUCGUGUGUUGAAAAAGCGGACGAUUUCUCCCAGGUGGAAGGAGUCGCAGGCGCGGGAAUUUUCGUACAUCCGACGACAUUGGAGUCUUGUUGCAGGCUGUGGUGGUUUUAGUAGAAGUACAGACGUACUAGGAUCCGUAAUUUAUGGUGAUUUCGGUGGCUGGGCGCCAUAG